AUAUAAAUAUAUAUAAUGGUGGGUGAAGAAAUUCAAGGUGGUGACAUUACUGGUGGAGUGAUGGAUGAAACGCCGUCGUCGCCUAAGAGCAGGGUGAAGUUCCUGUGUAGCCAUGGCGGGAGGAUCCUGCCUAGGCCCAUCGACGGUCAACUCAAGUACGUGGGUGGUGAGACACGUGUCAUAGCCAUCCCUCGUGACAUCACCUUCUCAGAGCUAAUGAAGAAGCUAACUCCACAGUUUGAUAAGGAAAUGGUCCUUAAGUACCAGGUAAUCCCAGAGGAUCUUGAUGCUUUGGUGUCUAUUCGAUCUGACGAUGACAUAAAGCAUAUGCUCGAUGAAUACGACCGCCAUGAAAGCGAAGGAACUCCGAGGCUCCGUGCCUUCUUGUUCCCAUCCAACCCAAUCAUAGUCGAGAACCAAGCAGCAGCCGCCAUCACAGAACCACCCCAUGCACUGGAGCAGCGUUAUGUUGAUGCCAUCAAUGGCAUAACCCGUACAACUUUCGGCCGUCCUAAACUCACUUACAGCGUCUCCUCCGCUUGUGCUUCUCCCCAUUGCUCUUCCCCGAAAGCCCAGAACGUUGAUAAUUCUAUGAGCAAUGAAACCAUCUUCACAAAUGGCUACCUGCAGAACAGUCGAGUUCCUCCUAUGCAGAAAGUCCACAGCUCUCCUAGCCUCUGCAGCCUCAACAGCUUCCAACACCAAGGCAACGGCGUCGUCGGAAACCACUACUUUUACCAGUACUACCAAAGCCAUAAACACCAUCACCAACCCCAUGGCUACCAUUCUAGACCGCCAUUGGAUCCUCACAAAGGUGUUGAGAUGGGGAGGAGCGUAAUGGGUUAUGGUGGCCUAAUCCAUUAUCACCCGUCGAGUAGGCCGCAGAGAGAUCAGAGCGGAUCUGCAGGCUGUGGGUAUUGCGAUGAGUGCGGGGUGUAUAUGUGUGGCGGGGUUGAUAGAUCAGGAACUGGAAGUCUUCCUCGGAGUCCAAGAAAGGCCACUUGGGAGUGAAGGCAUGGAGAUCAGGCUAGCUAUCAAAGGGAGUAGCUAAUUAUGCAGAAGAUCAGCUUGCAAAAGAUGGUAUAGAUGAUUGUUUUUUUGUCAUUGUAUACCUAAUUUUUUGGUGUUGGUCUUGUGCGUUGUGUAUGAUAAUGUGCAGCGUUAAAAUAGAUUGUACCUAUCAGUUUAUGCGUGUUGCCUGUGCUGAGAUCAUAGGCAGGUAUAUAGA